AACACACUGUUGUGUACUAUAGUGUAGAUGUAGUGCUAGAGUGAGAGCAAGCAUUGGAUAGCAUUUAUAGCAAUAGUGUUGUGUGUAUUAGUGAUAGCAUUGAAUGCAUACAUAAAAGUACAGCCAUUUUGUGUGUGUUUCUCGUGUUUUGUUUACAAAUAACAAACUCAUAACAAACACAUCGCUGACCACCAAAUCGGUGACCAAUUGAUUGUUUGAUUGUCACAACACAUAUGUCUAGUACGAGAGGUGCCACCGAUAGUGACGCCUGGGCUCUAUUGGCGCUCAAGUCGGCGCCGGCCAGUCCUUCAUCGAUCCAAUGGGCGCCCAAUAACGAGUCGGCACCCAUUGCCCGACUCGAGACCCGAGAGUUUGAGUUUAUGAUUAGACAAAACCGUAUUGUCAUCGGUAGGAACAGCUCCAGAGGUGAAGUGGAUGUCAAUAUGGGACACUCGUCAUUCAUUUCACGAAGACAUAUUGAGAUCCAUUACGAUAACCAUAACUUCUAUAUGAUCUGUAACGGCAAGAAUGGUGUCUUCGUUGACGGAGUCUUUCAACGGAAAGGCGCUCCACAUCUUCAGUUGCCAAAGACUUGUGUAUUACGGUUCCCGUCAACAAACAUCAAAUUAGUCUUCCAAUCACUGGUCGAUGACACGAAUAGUUCUCAUUCGUCGAGUGGUAAUCGGGAAUCGAUAAGAAAUCAAUCGAUGGCACCGCUGAAGGUUAACAUUCCUGAUUCAACAGAUCCUGACUUUGCGAGUCCUAUUCCAUCACCGGCCGGAACAAUAAGUGCCGCCAAUUCAUGCCCCGCCAGUCCUAGAGGUGGUUCGCGGCAUCGGAACACAUCAAGUGACCUGCAAAUGAUGGUGGCGUACGCCGCAGCAGCUGUCGCUACUGACGAGCACAGGAUGGUUGCGCACAACGAAACCACCGGUAAAUCAAUAGUAACAAGUAUUGGCUCAACUAGUGCUCCAAUAUCUGUGUCCAAUUCAGCAAAUAAUAGUAGCGAUUAUUAUUUGGUUCCUCAAUCUGGAGGACACGAUUCAAAUGCCAACAGUCCUGGAGAAGUGGACGACUCGAAACCUCCAUAUUCUUAUGCUCAACUUAUUGUCCAAUCUAUUGCCAGUGCAUCAGAUAAACAACUCACUCUUAGCGGAAUUUAUUCAUAUAUUACUAAACAUUAUCCAUAUUAUAGAACAGCAGAUAAGGGAUGGCAGAAUUCAAUUCGACACAAUUUAUCACUGAAUCGUUAUUUUGUGAAAGUACCCCGGUCACAGGAGGAACCGGGAAAGGGAUCUUUUUGGAGAAUAGACGCUCAAUCAGAGCCUAAACUUAUUGAACAGGCAUUUAAAAGGCGGCGGCAAAGACCUAUGUCUUGUUUUCGAAAUCAAUUGGGAGGAUCUGCGUCUCGCUCGGCGCCGGCAUCUCCUAAUCACAGCGGUAUGGCCAGUGGUUUGGCCUCACCCGAAGACUUAUCACGAGAGUCAAGUCCAGUACCUCAAGAACAACUAGAAAGUGAAAUAAUAUCAUCAAUGGGUCCGCCAUCAUCUUAUUUAACAGUGCCAACCACUUUAGAAUACAAAUUCACCAGUAAAUCAGCCCCCGGUUCACCAGGAAUUAUCAACACAUCUGAUAUCACUUUGUUUACAGGUUCGACAUCCAAUCAAUUUUCAAACAAAUCACCCAAACUUUUGGUCACUCAUACAUCUCCUCUAUCUUUGUCUACAAAUGGUGUUAACUGUAGUGACAAAGAAUCCGAAGAAUUAAGUUUCGGACGAACAUCAGCUCCUCGUGCGAUAGCAUUGGACAACAACACAAUAAUACUUCAACAAACAGCAUCUCAACCUACUGUCAUAGUACAGGCGCCACCACUGUCUAACUCAACAGGAAAUGGCAAUUCUGUCAUAUCCCGUGUUUAUGGGGCCGAAGCAACCAAUGCGUACAAUGUAACGACUACUACAACAACUACAACUCAGGUGAAAAGGACCGCCGAUAUGGUUGAAAGUCAUGUCGAAGAUAAUACAGACGCCGACUCCACUGGAGUACAAGCAAAACGAGUUCGGAUCGAUGGCACUGAUGAGGAAGAGUUCGUUAGAAUGAGCUCUUGAUUUAGUUAUUUUAAUUGAAUCACAUCUUAUAAUAUAAAAGUCAAUAUUUGACCGCAUAUUGAAUAUAAUGUUAUAUUUAUGUUUCUUUGAAAUGAUGUCUUGUUUUUGAUUAAUUAGAAUCUUAUGAUUUGAUUAUAUGUAUAAUUCUUAUGUUUGGACGUUAGGUCAACAAAAAAGUACCAAAAAAUGUUUGUUUGAUAACAUUGUUUACGACAAAUUAAUUUAAGAAACGUAGCGCUGAGCCGAUAGCCAUUUCCUCAUAAAUAGACGUACAGUACUCUUAUAUUUUUUACGGUAUAUGAUAUGUUGAACUAAACGCUAGUCAGGACUCAACAUUGUAUCAGACAAUUACUACAAUCAUUGAGUGUACGCCACCCCCAACCCCUCCAAUC